CGUCGCGGCCUCCGCGGGUGACUUAGGAGUGACCGCCGCCGCGGGGCAGCGGGCCGCCAUGGGGCUCUCGGAAGCAUCCGAACCGAGGGACACAUAAGCCCUGCUGUCCACAACGCAGGCAAUGGAACUGAAGAAGCGAGAAUACCACAUAGAGCGGCCUCUGCUGAACCAGGAACAGCUGGAGGAGCUGGGGCACUGGGGCUCAGUGACAGACACCUACCAGUGGCGAACCUGGUUCCAGUGUUCUCGUGCUCGAGCCAAAGCCCUUCUGCUCCAGCACUUCCCAGUUUUGGCCUGGCUACCCCGGUAUCCUGUGCGUGACUGGCUUCUCGGUGACCUUUUGUCAGGCCUCAGUGUGGCAAUUAUGCAGUUACCACAGGGUCUGGCCUAUGCCCUGCUGGCUGGACUCCCCCCUGUGUUUGGCCUCUACAGCUCCUUCUACCCUGUCUUUAUCUAUUUCCUGUUUGGUACUUCCCGGCACAUCUCUGUGGGAACCUUUGCUGUCAUGUCCGUGAUGGUGGGAAGUGUGACUGAAUCCCUGGCUCCUGAUGAGUACUUCCUGGAGCCCGUGAACUCCACGGUUAAUGAGACAGCCAGAGAUUAUACUCGGGUCCAGCUGGCCUCCACACUCAGUGUCCUGGUUGGCCUCUUCCAGGUGGGACUGGGCCUGGUCCACUUUGGCUUUGUCGUCACCUAUCUGUCAGAGCCCCUGGUCCGUGGCUAUACCACAGCUGCGUCUGUGCAGGUCUUAGUCUCGCAGCUCAAGUACGUGUUCGGCAUACAUGUGAACAGCCGUUCUGGGCCACUGUCCCUCAUCUAUACAGUGCUGGAGGUCUGCUGGAAGCUGCCUGACACCGUGCCCGGCACUGUGAUCACCUCUGCUGUGUCUGGGGUGGUGCUUGUGCUGGUGAAACUGUUGAAUGACAAGCUGCAGCGAUAUCUGCCCAUGCCAAUCCCUGGGGAGCUGCUCACGCUCAUUGGGGCCACAGGCAUCUCCUACGGUGUGGACCUGAAGAACAGAUUUAGGGUGGAUGUCGUGGGCACCAUCCCUGCAGGGCUGGUACCGCCAGUCGCCCCCAACCCCCAGCUGUUUGCAAAGAUCGUGGGAAAUGCCUUCGCCAUCGCUGUGGUUGGGUUCGCCAUUGCCAUCUCACUGGGGAAGAUCUUCGCUCUGAGGCAUGGCUACCGGGUGGACAGCAACCAGGAGCUGGUGGCCCUUGGGCUCAGUAACCUCAUCGGGGGCAUCUUCCAGUGCUUCCCCGUCAGUUGCUCUAUGUCUCGGACCUUGGUACAGGAGAGCACCGGGGGCAACACCCAGGUGGCCGGAGCCGUCUCCUCCCUCUUCAUCCUCAUUAUCAUCGUCAAACUAGGGGAACUCUUCCAAGACCUACCCAAGGCCGUGUUGGCAGCUGUCAUCAUUGUGAACCUGAAGGGCAUGUUGAAGCAGUUCAACGACAUAUGCACUCUCUGGAAGGCAAAUCGAGCGGAUAUGCUCAUCUGGCUGGUGACCUUUGUGGCCACCAUCCUGCUCAACCUGGACAUCGGUCUGGCCGUCGCACUAGGCUUCUCACUGCUGCUGGUGGUGGUCCGCACACAGCUGCCUCGAUACUCUGUCCUGGGGCAGGUGCCAGGCACAGAUAUUUACACAGACGUGGCUGAGUACUCAGAGGCCAUGGAGGUCCCGGGAGUGAAGGUCUUCCGCUCCUCAGCCACCGUGUACUUUGCCAAUGCCGAGCUCUUCAAUGAUGCCCUGAAGAAGAGGUGCGGUGUGGACGUUGACUACCUCAUCUCCCGGAAGAAGAAGCUGCUCAGGAAGCAGGAGCAAAAGCUGAAACAAAUGCAGAAAAAGAAACUCCAGGAACAGGGUGCUCCUUCAGCAGGCACUUCUGUUCCUACCAAUGUCAGCAACAGCACCAGAGACAUUGAGAGCAACAGUGUGGAGGACUCCAAGGUCAAGGAUCUAAGUGUGAGGAGUGAGCUAGAGGAUACAGAUGCAGCAGCCCGUGGUCAAGAAGAUGCCAAGGCCUCAGAUAAAUCCACACUGAAGGCCCUCGGUCUGCCUCAGCCAGAUUUCCACAGCCUCAUCCUGGACAUGAGCACUCUCUCCUUCGUGGACACUGUGUGCAUCAAGAGCCUAAAGAAUAUAUUCCGUGACUUCCGGGAGAUCGAAGUGGAGGUAUACAUGGCGGCCUGCAACGGUCCUGUGGUUGCCCAGUUUGAGGCUGGACAUUUCUUCGAUGCCUCCAUUACUAAGCAGCAUCUCUUUGCCUCUGUCCAUGAUGCCGUCAUCUUUGCCCUCCAACACCGCAAGCCCAGUUCCAUCAACAAUGUUUUGGUUACCAAACUCUGACCAUGCUGCCGCUCUGCCUGAGACUGCCUGCCGCUGCAGGUCGUAAGGGGUCAUCAGUGAGAGCCACCCCCCCCACCCCGGGCUGUCUUCAGAUGCCACCCAGGAGUCCCCCACACACAUACACACACAACUCAGGGAUGGAGGUCCUGGGACUCCAAGUUCAGUGCCCUAGGCCUGCAAUGGGGUACUGGAGUCAGCCCAGCACUGCCCAGGUUGGGGAAGGACACGUGUUUUCAGCCUCAGGAAUAAAGAUUCAUUU